AUGAUCGUAGCAAGGGGAUGGACAGCCGCAAGGCAGCUCCUCAGGCCUGCCGCCGAUCAAAUUCACGCAAGAGUUGCCUGCACCUUACUCACAACCUCUUCUCCCCUUCUCCUUCCCCCUACCCUCUCCGCUUUAGCCUUCCAUGCCUCACCCGCCAGCUCCGCCUUCCAGAAAUUCACCAUGCCCGCAAUGUCCCCCACCAUGACCGAGGGCGGUCUGGCCACCUGGAAGGUAGACGAAGGCAAGCCCUUCAGCGCUGGCGAUGUCCUUCUUGAAAUCGAGACGGACAAGGCAACAAUGGAUGUAGAGGCUCAAGAUGAUGGAGUCAUGGCAAAGAUUCUCGUACAGGCUGGAGAGAAGAAUGUAGCAGUGGGGAAAAUCAUUGCAGUUCUAGCUGAAGAAGGGGAUGAAUUGAGCAAAUGGGAGAGUGAAGUGGACUUGAAAGACGAAGGGGGAGCGAGUAAGAAGGAAGAACAGCCAAAGAAAGAGGAGCCAAAGAAGCAAGAAGCUUCCUCUUCCUCCUCCUCCUCUGGCUCCUCUUCGUCCUCGUCGAACCCUGCCCCUUCUUCAUCGACGCCAGAUAGGCACUCGGCCACUCCCACCACCUCGACAAAGUCACACACCGACCAUCCCAACGCCCCCAUGUUCCCCUCUGUCCUCCGUGUCCUCCGAGAGAACAACCUCUCCAUCGAUGAUGCCACUUCCAAGAUCAAGGGAACAGGACUCAAGGGAAUGCUCACAAAAGGAGAUGUGCUCUCCUACUUGGGCAAGGCGUCGAGCCCUACAGGAACUUACAAGGCACCUAGGUUGGGAAUUGCGGCUCAGGGUGGUCCGCCGGACAAGUUGGGAGGAAAGGCCGAGGCGGGAGCAGUGGACAAGAGCGAGCCCCUCACCGCAACUCAAUUGCGCGCUGCCAUUCUGAGAGGUCUCGCCAGCUCUUCUCGUUCUCACAUUUCCCGAUCAGCAGCAAGUGCCACUUCACCUGCUCUCCUCACUCCAGCAAGAGAUUCCUUGCAAGAGGUAUUGGCAGAUUAUGUCCUUGUAGAAGAGCAACCCGCAGCUGCGUCCCUUGCAGCGAGGAAAAUUGGUGGAGCGGGGAAGAGGAGAGAUUGGCUCGAUGGGCUGAUCUGA